AUAGUAGUUUUGCUAGUUUUACAGUGAAAUCUUGCAUUUUUCUGAACAUUUUUCCCGAUCAAAAGCAGUACAUUGAAGUUUCAAAGGUUUUCUGGAAAAAUGUUGUGCUCAUCUGAAGAGGAAAUUGCAAUAAGUGAAUCAGAGUUUGAGAAUUACCUCAACGAUCUUUUGAAACACACAUCUGGCGUUGGAAAGGACACACAGAGCCGGGGUUUAAGAGAGAAAGGGAUUGAUUUUGGUCCGAGGGGGUCUUCAGCACAAUAUACAGUGGAGACUAUUGAGUCUCUUAAAGGCAGUGAUGUAAAUGAGUUGUUUGUUUGGCCGUGGAUGGGAAUUGUAGCAAAGAUACAUGCUGAGUGGAAGGAUGGCCAAUAUGUUUGGGAAGGUAGUUCAAGGCUUAGUGAAGAUUUAACUCAAAGGGGAUUUAAUCCUGUAUGGGUUCAUCCAUUAUCGAACCAGAAGGGUCAUUCAGGUUAUGCAAUGGUGGAAUUUAACGGAGAUUGUUCUGGAUUCAGUAAUGCACUGAUGUUUGAGAAGAGUUAUGAGGCAAACCAUAAAGGAAAGAGGGAUUAUUAUACGGCAGAGAACAUUGGAGAUGAUUUAUAUGGAUGGGUUGCUCGUAGUGAUGACUUUGAUUCAAAUGGAGUUGUAGGUCGUCAUCUUCAAAAAACUGGAGAUUUGAAAAUUUUUUCUGAAAUUGAAGCUGAAGAGAAGCGUAAAACUAACAAACUAUUGUCAAAUCUGAAAGAGAUUGAAUGCAAGUAUAAUAAAAUCUCCAUUUCCCUAACCAAGUUGAUGACUCAAAAAGAUGAGAUGCACAAAACUUAUAAUAAAGGUAUGCAUUUGCAUCCCCUUUGUUUUGCUGCUUAA